CCGAUAAGAUAAGGGGUCCUCAUGUCCGAUAAGAUAAGGGGUCCUCACAUCCGAUAAGAUAAGGUUUGAUCAUGUGCGGUCAUGUAAGAGAGAGAGCUACACAAUACAAUGAUAGCCAUUGCUUGUGUGGUGCUAUGCGAGGGAUAUGCUCAACCAUGUCACGUGAGUUUUCAAUAAAAAUGAUGUGUAUGGGCCUUUUUCAAUGAUUGGUGAUAGUCAGCGAAGUGUUAAAUGCGUCCCCGAGGCUUGAUGCAAAACAGCACUGUAGCACGAGUAGCUCCUGCACCUGUGUGGUUCUGUUAGAAUCACCAGAACAUGGGGACCUCUAAUUCCUUGAUGGUGUCUGCCAUUGUACAGGUACAUCGAAUGGUACAAGAUAGACUCAGCUGGCAAGACGAAGCAGCCGUACCUGGUGUUUAUUCCAGGAGCGAAGUGUCUGCGCAUGGCUGGUCUCUAUACGAUCUGGACAGACCCUAAAACGAAAGAACAGGUGGAGAGUUACACAGUGCUCACUACGACACCUAACGAUAGUAUGAAAUGGUUGCACGAUCGAACACCUGUGCUUCUGGACAAUGAGGAGGAUAUAGAGAGGUGGCUUGACCCUGAUCUUCCAUAUAACGAAGUGAGAGAGUUGGCUAAACCAUAUCCAUCAAAGCUAGAGUGGCGAGCUAUAUCGAAAGAAAUUGGGAAUAUAAAGAGCGAAGGCCCGCACUUGGUCGAGGAAGUUAAACCGGAAAAAAAGAAGAAAGUCAACUCAAUAGCUAACUACUUCACAAAAUCACCAGCCAAGAAGCGCCAAUUGAAAGACGAACCGGAGGUCGUGGCGAUCAAAAAGCCGAAGAAGGAAUGAUUGCCCGCUGCGCCAUGUAUCGCCGAAAUUCAUAUAUACGUGCGCCAAUACUCAGCACAUAUGCCUGGUAGAGUAUCAAAGAUUGCAAAAACUCAGACAGCUUAUUACACUCUACAGUCAACGGGAUUCGAUAGUUUAUUUUCAAAAAAGCAAUAAACGAAACUCACAGUGGGUCUUCUGGUUGCUGAUUGUAUGCCAAGCUCGUAGUUUCAAGCCAGGC